AUGAUGAUGCAAGAAGAAACCGCCAACCAUGAUGACAUGCAACAGCAAGGCGAUGAAAAUGACGCAGAAAUGGAGUUCGCCCAAUUUCGAACAUUGGAAGUACUGCAAGAGCAUGGAAUUGCUGCUAACGAUAUUCAGAAGCUCCAAACAGCAGGAUAUCACACAGUGCAGUCGAUCGCACAUGCAACAGCGCGCAAGCUUUCCGACGUCAAAGGUAUUUCGGAAGCAAAAGUCAUAAAGCUCAAGGAGAUCGUCAAGUCGAUGGUUUCAAUGGAUUUCAAAACUGCCGCCGACGCACUCGAAGAUCGAAAGUACCUCGUAACACUGACAACUGGUUCCGUAGAGAUUGACAAGCUUCUCGAAGGAGGAGUCGAAACGGGUUCUAUCACCGAAGUCUUCGGGGAGUUUCGCACUGGCAAGACUCAAUUGUGCCAUACUCUUUGUGUUACUUGCCAAAUGGCGGUGACGGAAGGAGGUGCCGAGGGAAAAGCAAUCUAUAUUGAUACCGAAGGCACUUUUCGUCCGAACAGACUCCAGGCAAUCGCCGAACGAUUCGGUCUUGAUCCAGCUGUUGCACUGGAAAAUGUUGCUUGUGCUCGCGCUCAUAACUCUGAGCACCAGAUGGAACUACUCAAGGUAGCUGCAGCCAUAAUGGCGCAGGACAGAUAUGCCCUUCUUGUCGUGGAUUCAGCCACUGCACUCUUUCGUACAGACUAUACUGGUCGUGGUGAACUUAGCGAGCGUCAAAUGCAAAUGGGGCAGUUCUUGCGUCAACUUACCCGACUUGCGGAGGAAUUUGGUGUCGCCGUUUUCAUUACGAAUCAAGUGGUUGCCAAUCCUGACGGUAUGAGUUUUGCGAAGGACUCUACCAAACCAAUUGGGGGGAACAUUAUUGCCCAUGCGUCGACUACUCGUUUGCGUCUCCGUAAGGGACGCGGCGAAAAUCGCAUCAUGAGCGUUUUUGAUAGUCCUACACUUCCUGAAGCAGAUGCCCAAUUCGCGGUGUCCGCUGCCGGUAUAUGUGACGCACAAGACUAG